AUGGGCUCACAAUCAAAAAAUUUGUCGUCGGAGAAUCCAAAAAACGAAGACCAUGAAGAUAAAAUAUGUGAGAAGUCAAGACUUCUAAUAUAUGUUUGGCUGUACUAAUCAAAGGUUUCUAGCCAGCAAUCUUCCACUAGACUCCAGCCUAGUUGCGAGCCAUUCAAGUCGAGAUCAAAAUAUCUUCCCUCAAUUUAACGAACUUCCCCGUGAGCUUCAAGCUGUGAUCUUUGAGUGGAGUUUGCCGCAUCCAUAUAUCUUGCAUUUUAACUUUGAGGCGAUUACUCCCAACGAGGACGAGAUGUUAUCUGGCGUCUAUCCAAAAAUCUCCAAGUUUCCCGGUAAUUUCUCACUAUUGGAGACCUGCAAAAUCUCAAGAGACACAGUAUAUCGUGAAUUUAAGAAGAUCGAGCUAUUUCCAUUAAAAACGGGUUCCGCUGUUCUCUCAAACCGGUUGAAUUCACGUGAAAAUCUCAGUUACUCUUAUAUGCGACCUUCGGUCGAUAUCUUCAUGUGCAGCGCACUCCAAAUGACCAAUUUAUAUGAAUAUGGCGGCUCUAUAGGUUCCAUCUUCAGCCUUACACACAUAGCCAUACAUGGUAUGGGUACUUGGUUUCCCGAUGAGCAACGAGAUGAAGACUUGAACGAAUUUCUUUGCGGGACCUUUACAACGAUCAAAAAAAAUUGCCAGGCACUUGAGAAAUUCGAUCUGGUCAUUGGCGAUGUUGGAAACUGGGAUGAUAUAGAAGGGGCAAAAAUUGUAGAGUCGGCAACGGUUUCGAGACUUGUCGAAAUCGACGAAGACUUUGAGGACUUACAUUUCAUGGCUAGCCCGAGCAAAUUUCAACCCCUUAUUAAUCACUCGGAGGACCCCAAACAAGAAAUAAAUGAAGUAAUCGACGAGGCGAAGUGGGCAAUGAAAGAAUUCAAACAACAUGUCAAGCAUCAGCAAACAUUGGAUCCUGCUGCUGCAGAAUAUUGGCGGAAAGUCAACGUAGUACCUUCUGUAUUGGGCUGGGUUGAAGAUCAGGAGGGAAGUGAACCUCGAUUGUGGUUUCCUGCAAUGGGAUUCACGAUUCCAUGUCAUGAAGAUGGGAGUCCUGUGCAUAAAUACAAAGGAUUGGCACAAACAUUCGACGGAGCAAGUUGA